AUGGUUGAAAGACAGUUUGAUGUAAAGGUAAAGGUAAUCAGGUCAGAUAAUGCAAUGGAAUUAGGGAAAGAUUAUGUACAUUCUGAAUACUUGACCUCUCAAGGCAUACUGCACCAAAUAUCCUGUGUUGCCACCCUUCAACAAAAUGGGGUGGUUGAAAGAAAACACAGGCAUUUGCUAGAAAUAGCAAGGGCCUUAAUAUUUCAGUCAAAGCUACCUACAUCCUACUGGGGAGAAUGUGUGCUAACAGCAACACAUCUGAUUAAUAGGAUUCCUUCUAGAGUACUUAAAGGAAAGACACCAUAUGAGGUGAUUUUUGGAGAACUCCAUGAUUAUACAGAUUUGAGGACUUUUGGAUGCCUAUGUUAUGUAUCUACUUUAACACAAAGCAGGGGCAAGUUUGAACCAAGAGCUAAGGCAUCACCAACACCUCAGCCUAUCUUUCCUACUCUACCUGACACAAUUAUUCCCAAUGACAAGACUCUUCACUUACCAACAUCACUUGUUAAUGAGCCACAAGACAUUAACCAAUCUUCUCCUAGUUCACUGCUUACCUCUUCCCCUGCUCAACUCAGCCCACUUUCUCAACAUAGCUCACCUUCUCAUAGUCCUAGCUCAACUUCUCACCAUCCUUUUAGUAGUCCAGUUCCUAAUUCUCUUUUACCAAUUAGAAAAUCAGAAAGAGUGACUAAAUUCCCUGAACAUCUAAAAGACUAUGUUUGCAACAAUAUUUACCUCACAGAUGUAUCCUCUGCCUGUUUCACACAACUCUCACAACCUUCCAGUUUUUCCUUUACUGCCUUAUCAUUUCAGAAUCAACAAUUGCUGAAGUCUAUUGCUAUUGUGACUGAGCCCACUAGGUUUACUCAAGCAUCACUUCAUCCAGGAUGA